UCCUCAGGCUCAGUGUCCUGGCCAUAGGAAGAGGGUCCAGCAUGUUUAAUUUACUCUCCUCAAACAGGGAUGAUGUCUGCAGCACUGUCUUCAAAUGAGAAGCAAAAUGAGCUGGAAAACGAGCUGCUGCUUUGCCACUUUUAAGCAAUAACAGUCUUAGUAUUCCUGUCUUCCAGUUCUGCCCCCCUGGGAUAACUGGGAUGUGCUGAACAGUGAUUAUUUGGCCGUGGAUAAUUCCUCUUGUCUUAACCAACAAGUGCUUGGGACACAGUUGUGUCUUAAGUGACUCUCGUGCCUCUGGGAGAAGCAGCCAGCAGCAGGUCUUCUGAGCUUCGACUGUCAUGUUCAUAACGAGCUGCUGACCUGAUGCAUCGAGUGCUCUGGGUAGAAAGGCAAUUUCAGGCGCUUCCCGGCGAGCAGCGGGGAGAGAAGCUCUGAGGAAGCCCGGCCACGGGGAAGUCGAAAGGCAACUUUUAAUGUUUUAAUGUGAAGGAAGUUGGGCGAGAUCCCGGGCUCCGGGACGCUUCGGCUCCAAGAGGCUUCUCCGCGUCUCCCUCUCAUCCCGCCGGGAGCGCCGUGUCUGGCUGGCAGCUGGGAACAGGAGAAGUUGGCUGCUGUUUUCUGCCGCCUGAUUUCCACCAGAAGAAGAAUGCCAACACGAAUAUGAAGUGAAGUGACUCCUAUGCUCUGCCACGGCGCCCGGAUGCUCCUGUGGGCGGGUUAGAGACGGGCACCCGCCUCCGGCCAGAUCCUGGGACAGGAUGAAGCCGAGGAGGAGCUUCCCAGCGCGCCGGAGUGGCAGUGAGUGCUGCCCCCUGUGAGAUCCAUGCCAGACCGUGCCCCGGCUGCCUGGCGAGAUGAAAGAGGUGGUGCUGUGGUCACCCGAGGAGGUGACCAGCUGGCUGACGGAGAAUGCGGUGCCCGAGUACUGCGAGCCCCUGAGGGGCUUCACCGGGCGGGACCUCAUCAACCUGACGGAGGAGGACUUUAAGAGGACGCCUCUGUCCCGGGUGUCUUCCGACAGCGGCCAGCGGCUCUUGCACAUGAUCGAGACUCUGAAAAUGGCUCACCACAUGGAGGCUCACAAGAACGGCCACGCCAACGGGCACAUCCGCGGCGGCGGCGGCGAGAACGGCUUCGGCGGCAAGGCCAAGCUCAACGGGGUGCCAAACGGGUUCAAGAAGGAGAUGAUAAAGAUCCCCAUGCCAGAGCCGGAGCGCUCGCAGUACCCCAUGGAGUGGGGCAAGACUUUCCUGGCUUUUAUUUAUGCACUUUCUUGUUUCGUCUUUACCACAGUGACUAUCUCAGUCGUCCACGAACGAGUGCCUCCCAAGGAGGUGCAGCCUCCCCUCCCAGAUGCAUUUUUUGAUCGCUUUGAUCGGGUGCAAUGGGCUUUUUCUAUCUGUGAAAUCAACGGCAUGAUCCUUGUAGGACUGUGGUUUGUUCAGUGGCUGCUCUUAAAGUACAAGUCUAUAAUUAGCAGAAGAUUUUUCUGUAUAGUUGGCACACUAUACCUGUACCGGUGUAUUACAAUGUAUGUGACCACGCUCCCAGUCCCUGGAAUGCAUUUCAAGUGUUCUCCAAAGCUUUUUGGAGACUGGGAAUCUCACCUGCGAAGGAUAAUGAAGUUGAUUGCUGGUGGAGGAUUGUCCAUCACCGGAUCCCACAACAUGUGUGGUGACUACCUGUACAGCGGCCACACUGUCAUCCUCACCCUCACCUACCUGUUCAUCAAAGAGUAUUCCCCACGGCGACUCUGGUGGUAUCACUGGCUUUGCUGGGCACUCAGCAUGGUUGGGAUGUUCUGCAUCCUCCUUGCUCAUGACCACUACACUGUGGACGUGGUGGUGGCUUACUACAUCACUACAAGGCUAUUCUGGUGGUACCACACAAUGGCCAACCAGCAAGUGCUAAAAGAAGCUUCCCAAACUAACCUCCUCGCAAGGGUCUGGUGGUACAAGCCCUUCCAGUACUUUGAGAAGAAUGUCCAAGGCAUUGUACCUCGCUCCUACCACUGGCCCUUGCCCUGGCCGGCGCUGCGGCGGGGCCGGCCGGUCAAGUACAGCCGCCUGGCCAGCGGCACGUGACGGCGAGUGCCGGGGGAAAGGACCUGGCCCAAGUGCUCACAACUCCCUGAGAGAAGAUGCCAUAAGAGAAAAAAAAAAAACAAACAAAACAAAACAUCAACUGCUCCCUAUAACCCUCUCUUUUAACAGCUCCCCUCGACUCGACCCGUUCAGUUACCUGGUAAGCACUGUGAUCUUUUUUUUCCUCUCCAAAGGAUCUCUGCGUUGGACAACAAUAAAGAAAAAAAUUUAACUUAUCACGCACUGUUACACAUUUUCUCGUUGAUAGAUUUGGGAUUUGCAUUUGCCCAUCGCCAUGUUCCUUUGUAUAUGAUGCGACAACAUAAAUGAGAGCUUUUAUAUCAUAAGUUCUGGUCUUUCCAGUCACGUCUGGGAACAAAGCAUAUUAUUUUCUUGGGAAAACAUACUUUUCAUAUCUCUUGCCCCAAAGAUUGGGCUGUAAGCCAUUUUCUAGCAAAUGACUAUAUGAAGGUUUCUAAAUAACCUGCCUUGGGUGAAAUCAAGAAAUCUUUCUACCUGUUGCACCGUGCUACGAAUAAGAUGAUAGACACAGAAAGGUUUGGUAAUCCUGAUUUUGUAGAAUCUGCAGUGACUGGCUGUGUCAAAAAGUGCAAAAAAAAAAAAAAAA